CUGCUUCGUUCCAUUACCCCUCAUCAUCUGUGGCCAGGCAGCAGGCUCCCAUGUUCGAACACGAGCGUCUCAAGGGCUGAUGUCUGGUGCAGGCUGAUUUUGGGGCUGAUGUUGGGGCUGAUUUUGAGGCUGAUUUUAAGGCUGAUUCAGCCUAUCUAUUGCAAGCACCCCUAUCUAUAUGCCAAUAUGCUUUUCCUAUACAUCUCAUCUUUCUGUAUCGGAGGUCGACAAGAACGAAAGCGACCAACAUUAGAAGCUUCACAUUGUAAUCGGCGUGCCGUAGUGGCAGGAAAGGGGUUCGCAACAACAACAACAUUGGCUUCCCGACGGACCCCCGCGGACGGGCCCACGACAAGUCUCUCUGGGCAAACAAAAGAAAAUGGUGUCACAUCCUUCUCGGCGCUGAUAGAAGGGGACGACUUGAAAAAAAUUCAUACGAGACAUAUACCAACCAGACGGCGAGGACCAGACAUCGACAACCUGCUGUGGCUCCAGUCGAGGGGGAUGUGCUCAAGCUGGACGUACUGCUGCUUUAGUAAUGCGAAGAAAUAGACAAUAGGCUAGAUUAAUAGGAUGCGGAGGAUAUUAACGAAGCCUCCUCCACGUAGUUAGACAUACCUUCUUUAUCUUUAUCACAUCAGUCGAGGUUUUGGAUUGAGAGGGUGCGAAAGACAUUGCGCCCAGCAAGGUAACCUGAUGAUUGCAGAGUGAGCCAGAUAUGCAGCACGCU